UUCAAAAGUCUGCUGUGUUCCAGAUGUUUUGGACUACAGUUCCCAUCACCCCCAGCCAGAGCAGCCAUGUGAUGCUCUGGCUGAUGAAAGCACAGCUGUACUAGCUAUGGCUGAAGGGAGUUGUGCUCUGAACAUCUGGAGAGCCACAGGUUCCAGUCCCUGAUCCAAGUCUUGCAUGUGCAUCAUGUCAUAUCUUGGCUACAGCAGCAUUUCAGAUACCAAAAUAGGCGCCGACUUGGUGGCACCGACCAGUGACGCAUGCGCCACUAUGUCAUGACAUCACUUGCGCCAUCACGUGUGUGCGAAAAUGGGCUCCACGCUCGGCUGCCACCCCCCUGCUGCCUUACCUCCGCUGGCUGUCCACUGCCACUGUGACAAGUAGGCCAAGGCCUCUGCCUCCACCGCAAGGCCUCCAUUGAGACCCGCGGCAGCCACAGGCAUACUUCCGGAGGUGUGGCUGCAGGGGGGCUCAAUGGAGACCUCACGGUAGAGGUGUUAGCUGAGUUCCCGCGGAGGCAGCGGAGGUGCAAUGGUGGGUGGGCAGUUGGCAACGGAGAGCUUGACCUAGCCUCGGCGGACAGCAGCAGUUCAAGGUGGCCUGGGCCUCAUUUGUAGGCAGGGGGGCAGCAGUGGUGGGGCACGCUGCGCUGAGCGCCCAUCUUCGGGAAGAGGCCUCCUCUGCCCCCUCAAUAUUUCAGGGCUCAGCCCCCUGUCUACAAAUAUUGCAGGGCUCGAGGCCCCAACAGCCCCAUAGAGAUGGUGCCUAUGAUGGCUUAGUAUUGGCAGAAUGCAAGGGUGCAGAGCUUGGCAGCAGCCACAAGGUGGGUUAAACAUGCCCAACUGCACUGAAAAGUCAACGGUGGGUCUGAACUUAAAAGAACAAGAGCAAAUCACUACGAAUCUACUGCUAGGAAAUGCUUGCAGCUGCAUGUGGAGGAGCGGAGACACGAACUCGGUUCCCGAGAUUACAAGUCUACCGCUCUUAACCACUACACCACACUGGCCCUCAGAGAGGUUGAAUGGGGGUGUGCGUGUCUUCCUGUCUGGCCCACCCAGGACCUGCAGACACACUGCUGAGCCAGGGAGGGCAUUGCAGCGGGUGCCACCACAAUGACUUAGAAUGGAAGGCAAGAGGCGGGGGCACCAUAUUUUGGUGUUGCACAGGGUGCCGCUGAAAUUUGAAAGCCCAAAGUCUGCUACUGCAUUUGGUUGGCCACUGUGAGAACAGGGUGCUGGACUAGAUGUGCCCCCUUUGGAUCCUUCCCAGGUCACCUCUGCUUCAAAGGCCACACCCCUCGCCAGCCGCUCUGCGUCUUUGAACUGGGUUAGUGCCUCUGUCUUCCCUGGAUGGAGAGGUGUGUGUCUGUGUGUGCAUAGAACAAGGUGAGAACAGGAUGCUGGGUAGAUGGGCUCCCUUUGGCCUGAUCCAGCAGCCGGGCUCCUCCCAUGCAUUCCCGCAGGCAAAGGAGCAGACAAGCACUGAAUAUUGAGAGGAAGGGAAUGAGCUGGCCGAGGAGAUCUGUGCUGGGGUCCCCAGUUCAAGAAUCAUAGCUGAUCCUCAAGCAGCUGGAGGGAGUGGCACAAGAGAGCGAUGAGUGCAGAAAAAUAGUUGUGCCAGCUUGCAGGACUCUGAGGGUUAAAAUGCAUGGAUAAUCUUUUUAUCGCUCUCUCUCUCUCUCUUGUCUCUUCCCUCUUCUCCCUGGAGACCACAGGGGUUGAGUUUGAGUUACUGGUAAGCGGAUCCUAGUUGAAGCAGGAAAGCAGGGAUUCAGGGGCUCAGCAGGCACUCCAGGCGGACGAGGCUGACCCCACUACGGAUGGGAGUGACGGCUUCCCAGAUCGUGCCCCCCAAGAGCCCCUGGCCACAGAGAACAGCCAGAGAGGGGGAGGGAAAAAAGGCUGGACUCCACGGAAAGAGAAAGGAGUUUGUGGACUCCUGCAAUCAGGUUAGAAAGUGAGUGAAUCAUAAGUUGAGGGGAGGGUGGGAGAGAGGGGAAAUGGAGAGCAGCCAGCUAGGGAAAAUCCAAAUUUGGAAGCGGCCUGCCUUGAGAGGCCAGGAGAUCCAGAGAGGCAGUCAAGCGGAGGAAGAGGCAAAGCGUAUGCAGGUGGAGAGGGGAGCAGGGUCAGUGCAGCAAGAGGCAGGCGCCUUGCUCUCUCCCAAGGCAGCCCGAGCAACUUUGCAAGUCAGGGGAGCCCAAGGCAGAGGAGAGGCGAACCUGGCAGUGGAGAGGCUGCCGCAGAGCCUGCUGGAGCGCAACGGGAUGCCCCUCAAUGGAGAGGCAAAGGCAUCAGCAUCGUCAGGGAAGCCUGUGCGCUACCUGGAGGUGCGCCUCAAGAUUCGCGACUACCGGCACACUUGCAAGAAGCAGCUCUACAACCUCAUCAGCUGCUUCGUCCGCUUCAUCUCAGGCAACCUGUCAUCCGAAGACAGCAGCGACAGCGAGCUCGAGCUCUCGACCAUCCGGCAUCAGCCAGAAGGGCUGGACCAGCUUCAGGCUCUGACCAAGUUCACCAAGAAGGAACUGCAAUCCCUCUAUAGAGGCUUCAAGAACGAGUGCCCCAGCGGCUUGGUGGAUGAAGAGACCUUCAAACUGAUCUAUGCUCAGUUCUUCCCGCAGGGAGAUGCCACCAUGUACGCGCAUUUCCUGUUCAAUGCCUUUGAUGUGGACCGGAAUGGAGCCAUCCGCUUUGAGGAUUUUGUCAUUGGCCUCUCGAUCUUGUUGCGUGGGACAGUGCAUGAGAAGCUCAACUGGGCAUUCAACCUUUAUGACAUCAACAAGGAUGGCUAUAUCACCAAGGAGGAGAUGUUGGCAAUAAUGAAGUCCAUCUAUGACAUGAUGGGCCGCUACACCUACCCAAUCUUGCGGGAAGAUGCUCCCUUUGAGCACGUGGAGAAGUUCUUCCAGAAAAUGGACAAAAAUCAGGAUGGCGUGGUCACUAUUGAGGAGUUCCUAGAGACGUGUCAGAAGGAUGAGAACAUCAUGACCUCCAUGCAGCUGUUUGAGAAUGUCAUCUAGGGCGCCACUGCCGGGAUCCUGCCAUGUCUCUCCCGCCCCACCUGCCUCCUUGGCCUGCACUUGGACAGACCUGUCCAUCUCUCUUGUGAAGCACACACGUCUUUCCGAGGAAACAAAGAAAACAACCAAAAACUCUUUUUAUAUUUCAGG